AUGACUGAAGAAGUAAGUAGCAAAAACUCUGCAAGCAGCAGUGUUCAUCUUCCUGCAACAAGUGUGGAUUUCAAUCACCUUUACUAUUGUCAUCCAUCUGAUGCUCUUGGGAUGAAUCUGAUCAGCUCGGUGUUUGAUGGAAGGAAAUUUUCAAGAUGGAGAAAAUCCAUUUUGAUAGCACUUUCAGUCAAGAGGAAGCUUGGUUUCAUCAAUGGCAAUUGUCAAAUGCCAGAUCUAACUUCACCAGAUUUCUCUCAAUUGAGUUGCUGCAAUGAUAUGGUGAUUUCUUGGUUAUUGAAUGCAUUAUCCAAGGACAUUGCAGAUAGUAUUAUCUAUUCCACUACUGCUAAGGAGUUGUGGGACAGUCUUGAGCAAAGAUUUGGCAAAUCGAAUGGAGCCAAACUCGUUCACCUUCAAAAGGAAUUGAGCAUAUUAGUUCAAGGAAAUUCUAAUGUAUCAGGAUAUUUUACAAAGAUGAAAAGAAUCUGGGAUGAACUAGAUUCUUUGAAUGCAAGUGGUAACAUAUUGAUGAUGAAAUCUUUGCCAGGAUUAGAUGUCACAUAUUCAUUAUUGUUACAGGAUGAAAAUCAAAGAGAGAUCUAUGUUAAUGAACAAAUUUUUUCUGAAUCAUCAUCUUUCAUGGUGACAAAUCAAGGGAAACAAAAUGUCAAAGGAGGAAAUCAGUUUUCCAGGAAUGGAAAUGUAAACCAAUUGUAG